GGCUGUCGGGAUUGCUCAGGCGCUGUGGACAUGUCCGCCAUGUUUUUCAUGGCACUGGGAGUGGAUCACCCGAGAAAAAUAGCUUCUAAAUCCAGUUAAACUCGACCAGAAAUGGCUUUUCGCAUUUGAUUUCGACCGAAUGGUUACCAAUGAAUCCUACUAUUGUGAAAUCAACCGAGUCCCUUGUGGAUUUAUACCGAUUUUCUUAGCGAAUUCUGGCGGGAUACAUGUUUCCUUCGCGUUCUAUGUGAGUGCGAUAGGGGCAAACAAUGAGUAAACUAUCGUUCCGAGCGCGAGCGCUAGACGCCGCCAAACCUCUCCCCAUAUACCGCAACAAAGACCUUCCAGACCUAAAUGACUGCGUUUCGAUCAACCGGGCUGUUCCGCAGAUGCCUACGGGGAUGGAAAAAGAAGAAGAAUCGGAGCACCAUCUCCAGAGGGCCAUCUCUGCUCAGUCGGUUUUCAGGGAAAAGAAGGAGAACAUGGUCAUCCCGGUGCCGGAGGCGGAGAGCAACAUCACUUACUACGACCGUCUCUAUAAAGGAGAGCUCAGGAUCCCCAAACAGCUCUUCCACAUCCAGCCCCUGGGUCUGGAUAAUGAGCAGCCAGACUAUGACAUGGACUCAGAGGAUGAAACUCUCCUCAACAGGCUCAACCGCAAGAUGGAAAUCAAACCCAUACAGUUUGAGACCAUGGUAGACAGGUUGGAGAAAGCCAGCACAAACCAGCUGGUCACUAUCACAGAGGCCAAACUGCUACUGAACGAGGAUGACUACCUCCUGAAGUCAGUGUACGACUACUGGGUGAGGAAGAGGAAAAACUGCCAAGGCCCGUCGCUCAUCCCCCUCAUCAAGCAGGAGAAGAGAGACGGCUCCACCAACAACGACGCCUAUGUGGCCUUCAGACGGCGCACAGAGAAGAUGCAGACCAGGAAGAACCGUAAGAAUGACGAGGCGUCCUAUGAAAAGAUGCUGAAGCUCCGGAGGGAGUUCAGCCGCACGGUCACCAUCCUGGAGAUGAUAAAGAGGAGGGAGAAGAGCAAGAGAGAGCUGCUGCACCUCACACUGGAGGUGGUGGAGAAAAGAUAUCAGAUGGGUGACUUUACGGGUGAAGUCCUCAGUGAGGUGACGGCCCCUCUGGCUGAGAAGCCCGUCUACACUGCUCCAAUCACUCUAACGAACGGGAACCGCCAUAACCAUAAAGCUGAGAUCAAGACGCACAAGUCCGGUAGUCUCCAGCACCAUGGGCACCACCACGUCUCGGUGAAGGACGAGGAUCCCUUUGACUUUGUCAGACCAAAGAAGAAGUACGCCAGGCGGGACCCCCUGUGCCGCCCUGGCAGGCCCACCAAGCGCCAGCACAUCGUUAACAAGGCUGAUAUUAAACAGUAUGACUUCCACAGCUCUGGAGAGGAGGAGGAGGACUACCCACUGUCUCCACCAUCAGAACCAGAUGAGGAGAAUGAUCCAGAUGGUGCAUUUGCCUUCAGAAGGAAAGCAGGCUGUCAUUACUUUGCUCCCAUUGUGGACCAGAGCUCUGGCCUUCUGUGGGAUCACCCUGAGCUAGCAGGGCUGGAUGCCCUGCGGCACCGUCACUCCCUUACUGCCCUCUCUGUACCCAAACGCUGUGUGGGACUGGCACGCAGGAGGGUGGGGCGAGGUGGCAGGAUCCUUUUGGAUCGGGCUUCAUCAGACCUGGACAUUGCAAUAAAGCAGCUGGACUCAGCCGUCGCCACAUCCUCCCCCUUCACCAGGACUUGUGCUCCAGACCUUACUGAUACCUGGCCUCCCUCACAGAACCACAGAACUAUGCCUGGCUCUGCCUCGUCACUGGCAGACAUCGUGAGCAACAUCCAGGCUCUGAGGUGGCGCUGUUUCAGACCUAGGCCCACCCAGGGUGAUAGCAGUGGUGACACGAGGACGGGCAGAUCUUCCAUGGAUACCACGUUGUCUGGAGGGCUGUUGGUUCACUCCAAGAGAAGUGGCAAAGGAGGCAUCACAGAGGAGCAGUACCAGGUCCAUCAGCAGGCUCUGGCCCAGAUGCAGAAACAGCAGCUGAAAGCUGCUCCUCCCCAGCAGCAUUCCUCACUGUCAGAGCGACAAAACACACAAACUUCUGGCUCCACUGAUUGCAUCAUAUCGAAGACUCUGGACUCGGCUAGCGCCCAUUUUGCGGCAUCAGCUGUCAUCAGUGCAUCAGGCCAGGUCAACAAUGAGAACAAAUCGCACAAUACCAGCGUCAAUGGGGUCGUCCAGACUUUGGGGACCUCCAGACCUCUUCACUCCACCAGCACAUCCCAGAGCGGCACAGGGUUGGACAGGUCAGGUCUUACCUCCUCCAGCGGAGGCCCUCUGCUACCUGCCCACUCCACCUCCUCCUCGCCUCAGUCUCUGCCCAACCACCGAGGCCACGGCAGUGCUGUCUCCCCUGCCCAUCACCACCACAGCGCCAGACCCUCUGCCCCCUCGCCGUCUGCCUUAAAGCUGGCCACCGUGGCUGCCAGCAGCCUGGACCGUGUGGCCAUGGUGACCCCCGCCUCUGCCAUCGGCAGCAUGGCCAGGGAUACUCACGAACCUGAGAGACAUACUUUGAACGGCAUAUCAGAGACCACAGUACCAAUGGAGGUGACAUAACCCCCUCCCUUCCUCCUCCCUCAUCGCCAUUCUGCUCAGACCGGUGAAUGUGACAAACAGAACGCAAGCUCCAGCCCCAGCCACCAGAGGGCACGCGUAUACAAGGACCUAUACAGAAUCGAGAAUAUCAAAAAAAUGAUAACGUGUCAAUAUUAUAAAUGUACAUUUUGUAAAUUGGGAAUAUCACUACCUUGUAAGAUAGUAUAUUUGUAUCAUUAGUAUGUUUUCUUUUUUUCUGUUACGUGAAUUCUAGUAAAUUUGACAUCAUGCUUUUGCACUUGAAAAAUGCAAACAAUAUAUAGUACAUGUAAAAAUGCAAAAAACGUUUGUUGGGAUCAUGAGCAUGAACCACGGAUCCUGUAUCACUCAUUUUACCACUAUUUAUUUUGCAAUGUUUACAUUUUUGUAUCUCUACAGACGAAACAAAUCAGCAAAAUAUGGACAUCGGUCUUGCUAGUAUAUUUGGUUCUUGUGCUUUUUUUCUAAAGAUGGGAAAUGAGCCUGAUUUUGAUUUGGUUUCACAAAUUGAAUAGUUAUGGUCUUUUGUAAGUAGAUUAGCAGUUGCAUUUUUUUUCCCUUCAGACAAGUAUUUUCUGUUACUUUGUCAGUUGUAACAGGAAUUGAUUGUCUUUUUAAUUUUUUAUUCUGUUUUCUUUUCCUUUUUCAUUCAAUGCCGAAUUUUCCAAAACAAUGAAGAAAUCUUAAAAAUGAGCCAUUCUCCAUACAAACCUAUUUAUUUACAUUUAAAUCCAAAUGACAAAUAAAUGCAUCCUAAAAUCAAUCUGCAGAUGUAAAGCAAGAAUUUUUUAUAAUAUAUUUGCCUUUUUUAAACGGGUAGGGAGUUUAAGCCAAUGAACAGUACACAGGAAUAUUACCAUUCUAUCUGUUAUGUAUUGCGCUGUAUAAUCUUGCACAUUACUUGGCAACUCUUUGAACGACUACCCCUUUGGAUUAGGGGGUGCACAUCAAUAUUUUGGGGUAUUUUUUUUCUUCUUUGGUCAAGGGGCAAGUAACAUGUUGAAACGAUGUCUGAUGGUCAGUGAUUGACCUCCCCUGUAGAUUAUAUAGUUGAUGUAGUGAUGUCCUGUAGAGAUAUUAGAAACAUGUUUAGAUAAUUAGUAAUGCCUAGUGUUCAUGCACUAUUUCUUCAGACAUACAUUUUUCCCUGUUACUUGUUCUUGGAGUGUUUCAGAAAGAAAUGCUGGGAAAUAAAUAUAUCUAUACAUAUCAGUAUAACAACUCUCUUUCCUUUGGUUUACGCCAUUUCUUCACCACUCUUCUUUUACAGUGAGUUACAGUACCAGUCAAAAGUUGAGACACACCUACACAUUCCAGGGUUUUUCUUUAUUUUUUACUAUUUUCUACAUUGUAUAAUAAUAAAGACAUCAAAACUAUGAAA